GCACUACAAAUCUACUACUAGCACGAUGCAGCUGGACUGAAGCAGUGGACUCUGGUACAGGAGUUGAUGUAAUAUUUCUGCACUUCUCAGAGGCUUUCGACCGGUUAGACCACAGCAUUCUGCUCGUUAAACCCCAGACUUUGUUAUUGGUCAUCCUCUCCUAGGAUGGAUCAAAACCUUUCUUCUACACCGACACUUGGAAUUCCGAUUGCAUGAAUCGCUGUCAGAUCCCAUCCGAAUUGAAUGCGGAGUACCACAGAGGUCGGUACUAGGAUCGCGUUUGUUUUCGACAUAUUUUAACGAUAUCACACGCAUCAUAAACUCGAGCUGCCUGUUUUAUGCCGAUGACAUCAAGGUGUGCAGAGCGAUUUAUAAACCAGAUGAUAUCACAAUACUUCAAUCUGAUCUGGAUAGGGUAUACGCGCGAUCAAUCCAAAAUCUAGUUCGGUUCAGUGUGGACAAAUGUAGUGUGCUGCACCUACGGCACAAUUUGAUGCACUCGUGGAAACUCGGCAAGCAGGAGCUUCAAGCGACUUCUGGAGAGAAGGUUCUGUGAGUUUGGUCCAUGCCAAACAAGGAUGCUCGAAUCAAGUUGGAGCGGCGUUAAGGAGGGCAUCCAGUACAUGGACCUCAUGAAUGGUGCAUUCGAACGAGUCGAACCUUUGAUUUCUCCACAAUUUCUAGGCUCACAUAUACGUCUACAUGUGGAGUACGCAAUAUUGGUUUAGAAGUCAUGAUUGAGGAGAGACCUCAGCACCUUGGAGAUACCCCAACGCCGGACAACCAAAACUAUCGACGGUCUGUAUAGUUUGCUUCAUAAACGAAGACUACAAGUGCCCGGGGUCUUCAGUGGACAGUAUCGGCGAUUGCGCGGAGACCUCAUCCUGACUUACCAGAGUUUGUACGAUCCCAACCACAACAUUUUAUACUUGCUAGAGCUCAGUCACAACAGCAAUUUGAGAGGUCACCAUAUCAAGCUGGCAGUGCAACACAGUCGUUUGGAGUGCUGUCGGAAUUUCUUUUCCGUACGUGUUUGCAGAACGUGGUGCCUUACCGGACUCUGUAAUAUGUGCUCCCACGCUAGCAGAGUUCAAAACGCGCUUUGAAAGUGCACUUAUUUUGCUGCACCAUCUUACAAGACUCAUUCAUUACCCAUGGAUAAACACAAGUGUCUGUAAGGGAUUUCGCUGGCGGACAAAUUCCAGAUUUCGUUUCACUUCUUUUUACCUCCUGUAUGUGUACACCAGGAGGAUCCACGAUUUUUACCAACAUCCCAUUUGUCGUCAUUCCUUAUGGAUGUAAUUUGGAGUUGCUACGUACACCUCACCAUAAUCAACGUGUUCGGUAUCUUCUUGCUCGCUGCGCGUUGUGCGACAGAACAAUGGAAAGUGUUGCUGGGAGCCACACCUCCGACUACGUCCACCUGAGCCUUAUUUUUGGGUUAUCCGUGAUUAAUAUGGAUGCUCGAGUGAGUCAGCAAAAUUAGUUCAUCACCGGACUAACUUACUCGCUUCGACGACAGGCUCAAGAAACGGUAGACACUCCCACAAGGUAUUGAUUUACGGAACCCGAGCGAAAGGUUUCAAGCACAAUCCAAUUAGGAGCGCACUAACGAAUUGACUACUGUUCACGAUACUCAAUUUCGGACGGGAAAGUCAAACCUUUUGAGGUCACUAUUCAUGAGAUCAUUAUCUUUAAAUCAUGAAACGAGGGAAGGAAAAGAUAGCCAUGAUACUGCAUCGGUCGGUCGUCGUGCAACAGUAAGCGAACUAAGGGAUUACUUCGAUCUCCUUGGACACUCUGUGCAGGGAGGUAGACAGCAGCCAACUGACAGGCAAGAAAGCACUCAUUGUGUGACUCAUAGACUACCGUCGAAAUCCGUGAGUGCCUUGCAAAUAGACACAAACUUAGGAGAAAACGGUGAUCCCUUACGUACUGCGUCAGUUGAUGAUUUGAGACAUGUCUUUGAAAACAUCCAACACCCUCCUCUCCAACGUUCUCGAUCCAUCGGAACAGUCAGCUCCAGCGAAUUGUUUCCGCAAAAAGGUGACAAACACACAACCAGAGUUAGAGCCUCGAAGUCAGUUGACUUUUGCUCGCGUCCAGCAAGCUUUCAGGGCCAUGGUCUAGAAUGCUCGUCAGAGUUACCUAAUGCACCCCAGAUGUCGUUGGAUUCAUCAGAAUUGGCCGAAAUCCAGCCUAGGCAAUCACGUCUCAGGCAUUCCAGCCAGUCUGACAAAUGCGCAUCCGUAUCUAAGGGACACCAAAAUAUGCACCCGGUCGUAUCGGUGCAGUUACCGUUCCGGUCUCGUUCACUCGCUCUGGAUCGUUUAGGUAAUUCAUAUGAGAAGCGCCGCGGCCAAAAAGUACGUUACCGAGCUGGCUCGAUAACUCAGCGUUCGUUGUCCCCUGUCCCUAUUCAAGAAGAAUGCGGCAAUGGUCGUGAGCUGCGAACCGGAUGGAACCAAUGUUGCGGACGCUCACCAACGGAACAAUGCAAAAAUGUAAAAUCAUUCCAGAUGAAGCAAAACACUAGAACGCCUCCUUUCCGUUGUACAGAAGUCACGCCCUCGAACGACCCCUUAUCAUCAUACAAGGACACAAUCCGGCUGGGCCCUGUACAAACGGAUGGAGUGUACGUUAGGUCGGCUGUGGUGUAUGAACGUUUGGACAACAAACCAUCCAACAAUGGCACGAAAAACUUUGUGAGCGUUUAUGUAGUAUCUCAACGUCCCUACCCUAGCCAUGCUACCAUCGAAGCAACCAAUCUCUGGGUGGCGGAGAACGCUCUACUCUCAACAACUCAGGAACAAACAUUACCGCCCUAUAGAACACAAACUUUGCCCAGAAGUGAUCUAGACCCGAUGCCAGUACAUAAACAGUGCUGCACUGGCGCGCAAAAUAAUGCUGCAUCAGCAAAGAAUUUCAGAGGCCAACCAACCGGACGACCAUUUGGUUUGGAUAUGGCCAGUUCACAUCGCAAGAAAUUGCCGCUUUUUGUGGAGCCAGUUUAUUCUGAAGGUCUUCCACAACCUUUGCCAACCCCUCCACCGGUUGAAUCACAUCGGUAUUUGCUAAAGUGUAGCAGUGCGGAAAACAGCCCAGAUCGAUCAGCGCUAUCACAUGGGCGAUGCAAUGCCAAAGUGUUGCAAAAAAAUCGGCAUAAAUUCACUUCAUCAUCACCAACGCGAUCCUGGUCGGUGAAAUCACUGUCCCCUCCGCCAUUUCGAACACCGUGGGUCAGUUCUCUACGAGGGUCAAAAACAAAUCUUAAAAGCACAGCUCUAUCCGUCAGAAUAGAUGACAAGAAAACCUAUGAAGAAAAUUCCAAAUUUGCACGCUCGUUUCGAAGUGGCGGCGAACAAAAGUCGAACGGCAGACGCCCCUUAGAUGUUCGUAGAACAGAAACAACCAGGAUUCAGGAUACAAGAGGACGGCAGGAGUGCAUGCAACGAGCCGAGUCAAUCAGUCGUGAGCGACAAGCGUACCAUGAGAGGCGCGGUAGCUGGUCUCCGCCACACCUGUACAGGUCUGUGCAGUCUAUUCCAAGUGAUCUAGAGAGUAACACAGAACACGAAAUAAGAGGUGUACAAAGGCACAAUAAACUAAAUUCUCACGUCUCUCUAUUCGAUAGGUCAGUCCGGGAGCGUCAUCAAGCCACACAAACGGGUUAUGAGAUAGAAGAAUGCACCCAAACUGAUCGACCAGAUCCCACAACCGAUUCCAUCGCAGUGCUCGAUGUGGCAGACAGCGGGGUGGACGUAACACCGAUUACGGAUAAUUUUGAUGCAAAAAAGAAAUAUUUCGAGAAACUGAUUAGGACAAGUCAGACGUCCGAGCGAUGCUCGUAUUGUGCCAACUGUUUUCACUGUGCUUCGAGGCAUACACCACGCUACAGUCCGUAUUCUAGCUGGGAGUCCGACCUACAAGGAAACGUCACACAGCCGUCGGAAAUGCUGUCGGUGUAUCAAAGUGAGACACAAUCCGAGCUGCCUCCCAAAUUCAAUGCCAUGGACAACAGGCAAGUGAGCUUGUACUCCACUCCUCCGGAUAAACCGUGGUCGGCCUCCACUCUUCUUGGUGCUAACCGGUGUUGGCCACAGCAGUACUCUUCCACCUUGUGCGUGGCUCCCGACCCACCUCAUUCAACAAGUUGGCCGUUUGAAUAUGGGAAUUGUUAUGCGACAAACUACGACAGCAGCCGAACAGAUAGGUCGAUACAACAUGAGUACUAUGCAAAGCCCCAAAUGGCAAUGCCAAAGGUGGCACCUGACCCACCAUGCAGGGAAACUUCAGGAAACACAUUGGGCCGUACAUCAGGGAACAACUACGGACGUUCUACUACACGUAACGAAUACAGCUACCGUCCUUUAACGGAGAGUCGCCAGUAUGGGACGACAAACUGGUUGUCCUAUCGGGAAUAUCCAAAUUCGCAGGGGAUCCAUUCUCCCCCCUGCCGUUUUUACAUGGACCACACACACAAUUCCACGGGAAACGUUGGCUACACUCCAUCCAUGGCAAAGGCUGAUCUAGCCACCUACAGAGGACGAGUGAAACAGAUUGUGGGGGAACUGAAUGAACGAAGAUGGGACUAUAAGAACUCUUCAUCGUUCACUUUAAGGAGUAGGACAGGCUCAGAGCCCAAGGUACACAGUCCGUAUAUGUACUACUGAACCCCUGAGCCAGAGUUCGGUUACUUGCUAUUCACAUGUUAACCAAUGGUGGCACGUGAACUACCCAGACCCCCCGAUUUCAACUACUUUUAUUUUUGUCUUUCCGCUAUAGUGCUUGCAGAUUGUACAUUGAUGAGAAACGAAAAUUAGUUGACAUACAUACGUUGCUCUGCAUUACCGUUUAUAUCUCAGGAUGUCAUGGUUCGCGUCUUAGUUAUUAUUUUUUCUGAAUCUUGAUGAUUUGUAAGAAUGAGGAACUGUGUAAAUUGUCACUAAUCACAAAGAAAACUAUUUCACAGCUUGGU